CCCAACCAUCCCGUGCAAGUUCAGGGGUAUGUCGGCCUGUUCACGUGGCUCGUCGUCCAGUACGACGACAUUGUAGGCCAGGGCAACGUUGCCGGCAGAGAGAUGCUCAAAGAAGCCCUGGAGUUCCACGCGCGCUUCUUCCGGGGAGAGCCUCAGGCGAACAACCUGCUCGAGGGCAUCGCCAUCCUGCUCCGUGAGGCAGAUGACCACUUCGACACCGUCAUGUCCAACAUGCUGCACAUCUCCGUCCUCAAGUUCCUGACCAGCAACCUGCUGGAGCGCCACGACGGCUUCCAGAACUUGGAGGUCACGCGAGCCGGCUUCAAGUUCCCGGACUUUUACAGGGACAUGUCUGGGAUGAACGUGGCGUAUGCCGUCUUCUGCUACCCCAAGGCGCAGUAUCCCGACGCCUCAGCUUACCUCGAGGCGAUCCCCGACAUGGCCCGGUUCAUUGACAUUUCGAAUGACGUCCUUUCAUUUUACAAGGAGGAAGUGGGCGGUGACACCAGAAACUACCUCCAUAACCGCGCCAACGCCACCGGCAAGCCCAUCAUGGAGGUCCUCCAUGAGGUCAACAAAGAAACGAUAGACGCCGCAAAGCGGGUGGAACAGAUCCUCAAGGGCAGGGGUGUUUACGAACAGUCCUGGCAAGACAGCGUCCGGGGCUACAUGGCCAUGCACACGACAAACCCCCGAUACAAGAUGAGUGACAUGGGCCUGGGCGAGGAGCAUCCCCUGGCUCCAUUCGAGUACAAGAUUGGAGAGCUCUUUGACCGAAUCAACGCCGCUUCAUGA